AUGUCUGAAACGAGCUUAGGUGCGAAUUUCGAUAAGCAAAGCUCCGCCUAUAUGACAGAACUAUCCUUAGUCACUCAACUGAGAAGUGUAGCUACGGAAGCCGAAGGAGACACAAGAAUACUUUUCUCGAGUGAUAUAGUCGAGCCCUUGUUACGUGAUGAAACUCAUCUGACAACCAACAACGUCAAUAAUAUUCUUUCAGCUCUGGAAGAAAAUGCCACCGAGAUAAUCCGAUCAUUAGAUGUGACGUCUCUACAAUGUCUAGCAUAUCUACUGCUCGACUCGGGAAUCCAUGCUGGCCAGGAACGAGGGCUAUAUCUUCUGCUGGACGGGCCUCAACUGUGUGUCAAAGAUGAAUCAGCAGCUUUAUCACCGACAGACUACUCGCGCUUGACACAGCAACGAUUAUUAAACACAUUGUAUCAAAUAUUUAUCGACAGAGACCAGGACCAUGGACUUAGGAGACUGACUGGGAAUUUACUCGCAGAGUUAAUGCUCGAAUCAGGGGAGGGAGUUGCCCUGUUAUUGGAAGCCCAGGCGCAGGAUUUUGCUGGAAUCGUCUCCAUAGCUUCCUUUGAGGCUGACGUCGUAUCGAAGUUCUUUGCAAGUGUUAUUAUUCGAAUUAUUCAUCUCGCCGGCAUUAGUACGGAAUUCCUCUGGACCCCUGACGACCUAUAUAGAAGAGCAUUCUUUCAUACCACGGACAUUCCCAGUGAUGAUAUAGUAAAGUCUUACUGUUUAUACACCCGUGAGACCGAACAAGAAGCGUUCAGGGAUGAAGGCGCGCGGGUAGGAAAUGUGAAAGAGACUGAUGGACAGGCGCAUUCCUGCUACAUCUUGCGGUCCAUCCAUAUUGAUGGAAACGUGCUCGCAGAGGGCAGUAUACUCACUAGCUUGAUUUCUUCUACACUGCUAUUCAUAUACGUUGCGGAUAGCACCUAUAGAAAGCGCUUCAACUAUAUUGAGAUCUCGUUAAAGUCCAGUCCAAGGCUAAUGAGAUCAUCAGUGAGCCAGAGGGAAGGGCAAGAGUCACUAUGUUUACAUCUCGAACCAGCGAUUUCAAUAUCCAAAAAUGGUAGAAGGCAAACAAUGAAGGAACGAACUCUUAUCUUACAGUCCAAUGAAGACCUUGCCGAGCUGCGUAAAGCACUCAUCGGGAUCUGUGCAGAAACCAAAAUGGAUAUUUCAACAAGAGAAUCCAAACCUCAAAGAUCGUCAUCAACAGUGGUGUCGUUGGACACUGCAGAGGUGGUAGUUAGAAAGUCUAAGCGCCUUUCUGAGGCGAGGGCCCGAAAAGAGACAUAUACUGCCAAGCAUACAUUGCCACGAAGUAUGUCCCCAGCUCAGGCAGAUGUGGAACAUGAAGUUAUUGGUGGAGGUGAAGGGUGGGUGUCGAAUGUUACCGACAAGAAAACCAUGAAAGGCCUUCAACUGAGCAGUCCCUGCCAGAAUGAAGAGUAUAACUCCAAUCAAAUGCACGAUGAUCUAACGGUAUCGAAAACACUUUCUGACCAGGAUGGGGGUAUUCAUACUACCUCGCGGGCCAAGAGGCCUACUAAGCGACAACAAAUUAGUUCCAACGAGCCAGCUGCGACUGCAAGUCAAAAUAGGAAACUAAUGAGCAGGCAUAAGCCAUGCACCUUGUCGUUCAACAACAGAGAUAAACCCCGGUUGUCUAAUACCCAGGAAUCGUUGAUAUUCCAUCCUCAGAGAGCUUAUAGAAAGGUAUAUGCCACCCAUCGUAAGGAACCCGUCGACUGGGAUGAAGACCUGCGUCCGAGCGGUGAGUCAGAGCUUGGCAAGGGGAACGAAUCUACACCGGUGUUUUCUCCAGCUUCUGGAGAAAGGUCAGCAUUUGAUAAGAGACCGAGUAGUGGACAGAAAGUGAUUCGCGAGGCAAGCUCCUCAGCCGGGAAACGCCAGAGGCCACCAGCCAGAAGUACUGGCAGUGCUAUUAAAGGGACAAACAGUAUAUCGGGGCCUAUAUCCUACGACAUGAAGCUUAAUAACGCGACUGAGGUGCCUAGAUAUAAGGGAGGACUAAAGACCUUUGAGGGUAUUGAUAUCCGAACCGAAGAUCACAGUAGCUCAUCGGACAGUGAAGAUCUCGUCUCUGGAAAAUACGUAACAGAUGAUAGUACUUCCAUUGAGGCCUCAGCCAAGGGUGUCACUUCUUUGCUGGAAAUUGAAGAGCACAGACAGCGUGCGUCUGAACAUACCCCUGCCCUUCAUAGCGGAGACAAUAAUGCGGACGAUACGCACAGUUAUGUCACAGAUGCCAAAGAUUCUGGGACCUCACAAGCCCAUACAAAGCCUCAGUUGCUAGGGACAAAGCAUUUAGGGAGAGGCCAAGGUAUUGGUGGAAAGCUUGCUGCAGCUUUCCAACUAGAGGAAAUAUCAUCACAAUGGAACCGAUCUCACAGUCAUAGACACGAUGCAUCUCCUGAUCGUAAGAGUCAGAGCAACCCUGAAACAGCGAUGUCAUCAAUCCAAUCAAUGGAAGAACCUCCCAGAAACAAGCUACUCGUCGAGUCAAAUCUAGCAAGGACUUGUGAGAAUAAUGACGGUGAUUGUGUGAUCUCACGAAGCUCAGAUACAGAUAGGUCACUGAACCGUUCUAUGGACCAAAAACGCCCGAACGAAGUACAAGAAACAAAUCAAAACAAGUGUCAGGGAAUUGUAAGAGAGGUGGAAAUGAUAUCGGCUAGCAUAGAAACAGUAGCCACUGAGCUUUUGGAUGACGGAAAAUGGGAAACGAGGUCCAAGUCUGCUACCAACUUGACACAAAGCCGACGUCAUGCUCAACCACGCCACGGAGAUACCUUGAUUAGUCAAUCUGACCACAGCAGUCGAUCAUGCAUCGGAAACGACGAGCCUGGUCCCGGUUCUGAGAGCUCCGGUAUAACGAGAGCAGCUACAUCAAAACACAGUGGCCCAGUUUCCGCCAAACCCCUUCUGCGCCACGAUAGCCAACAGGUGCAAGACCACACCGCGGAGCAUCAAAGAAUGACACCAAGAAAGAGUAUUGUCGAUAUAAAUGGAAGCCCGCGACUCCUAUCACAUAUGGAGAAUAAAAUUAUAAUUUCUGAUGGUACAGUACAUCGCGAAAGCCAAUCUCGGCAGCUGACACAAAAUGAAAAGCAAGUUCCCGCUAGGAGCAUUGAUGAUGAGUCUGGCUACGAUGGAGGUAUCGAAGAGAGUUUCGUUGAAGUGCCUGGUACUAAAAGUAAUCUGGCUCACACUGCGUAUGGUGAGAGCUCUGGUAUGCGUAUUAAAAGUCCGUUUGCACAAGGACCCAGUUUACCCAGGAACCGUGAAGACCGGACAAGGGGCAUGCACCGAGAUCGUUUUAGAGCAGCCUCAGUGCCUCAUAGGCAACACAUACGAAUCGAUAUUGCAGGCCAGGAUCUAUACCAAUCUCCGUCGCAAGGAGAGCUAGCCUCUAUCGAUUCUAACUGGAAUACAACGGUAAUAUCGAGCAGCCGCGGCAGAAGCCUCAAACAGACCAAGGGAGAUACAACUCUACAAGCACUCCAAAGGUCUACGCAGGAGAUGUUACUCGACUCUAGUGAGCGUCUUACGCGCGGACUGGAGACUGAGAAACAAACAGUCAAUGAUGUCUUGGAGACAUAUCGCCGGCAGUGCCACCGCGUGCUGGAUCAACUUUUCAAGGCACAAGAAGAACGAAUAAACCUAUGCAAGCAGCAGAUGGACAUAAUCAGAGACCACCAUGCAAAUUUCUUCAUCGAAAAUUCUAAUGUAGGGGAUACCAACCAUUUGGAGGACUCGAGAAUUCGAGGAUACAACCCUCUGACUCCCCCCAACCUUCUCCAACAUGAGAUCGCUAUGACAGAGGCCUCCAGGCAGACGGUCUUGCAAGCCCGUCAGGAGGCUAGCGCAGUCGUUCAUGGCACCGACACCGACAAGCGCCGUUUGCUGGUCGUGGUGGGACCCUGCUCGAUUCACGAUCCGGACAUGGCCCUUGAAUACUGCGACCGUCUCUUAAAACUGAAGGAGAAAUAUCAGGAUGAGCUUUUGAUUGUCAUGCGUGCCUACCUGGAGAAGCCCCGUACCACCGUUGGCUGGAAGGGUCUCAUCAACGACCCCGAUAUCGACAAUAGCUUCAAGAUCAACAAGGGUCUGCGCACCUCUCGUCAACUCUUCGUCGAUCUGACAAACAAGGGCAUGCCCAUUGCUAGCGAGAUGCUGGAUACCAUCUCCCCGCAGUUCCUGGCUGACUGUCUCUCCGUUGGUGCGGUUGGCGCGCGGACGACCGAGUCCCAGGUCCACCGUGAGCUGGCUUCUGGUCUUUCCUUCCCCGUUGGAUUCAAGAACGGCACCGAUGGCUCUUUGGAUGUUGCAGUGGAUGCCAUUGGCUCGGUCAAGCACCCCCACCACUUCCUCUCCGUCACUAAGCCCGGUGUUGUCUCCAUCGUCGGCACCGUGGGUAACCCCGACUGCUUCGUCAUCCUCCGUGGUGGAAAGAAGGGCCCCAACUACGAUGCUGAGAGCAUCGCCGAGGCCAAGGCCAAGCUUUCUGCGCAGGGCAUGGAGCCCCGUCUCAUGGUGGACUGCAGCCACGGUAACUCGCAGAAGAACCACAAGAACCAGCCCAAGGUGGCCGCUGUGCUCGCGGAGCAGAUCGCUGCGGGUGAGACCGCGAUUAUGGGUGUUAUGAUUGAGAGUAACAUCAACGAGGGUAACCAGAAGGUCCCGCCUGAGGGUAAGGCCGGCCUCAAGUACGGUGUCAGUAUCACCGAUGCUUGUAUCCACUGGGAGGACACAGAGGCUGUGCUUGAGAACCUCGCCCAGGCCGUCCGUACUCGGAAAGAGAAGCUGGCGGUCAAUGGCGCUUCCAACUAGAUCCACACAAAAAGCUAAAUUUUCGACUUAAUCUUUCUAACUG